CGGAACAUUAAAAAUUUUAAAAAUUUUAUUGGGGUGGGGGCUAGGCCUGACCCAUUAAGAAUACAUAUUAAUAAGAUAGACGUUUUUAGUCUGGGACGGUAAAUUAUUGGUCACUCAAAAAUUUGGUGAUGAGACAAAGAAUGUGCUGCAAGACAAUGGCGAGCCCAAUUCGUUUCUCUUUGGUUUAUCAUCUCUAGCAUUUCCUUAUCCACAUCUUUUUUUUUGGAUGAAAGGUAAUGUUGGGAUAUAUUAUCUCGGCCUAUUACUGUUCAGGAGCCCAAGACAUUAUCCAGUACGGAGCCCGAGCAGCUAGGCCCAUUUCGACCCAUCCGGCCCACUUUGACCACCAGGCCCACUUCGGCCCAUUAGGGUGGAGAGCCUCCCCUUCCCCUCCCCUAUAAAUACGGAGCUUAGCCUCCAUGUAAAGGAUCUUUUCCUUCUUCCUCCUUCUCACUAGAAUAGCUUAGAACUCCAUUAAUGGGAACUUCAAUACUUGUACUAUGUAAUGGUGAGGAGAGAUUAAUGAGAAUGAGAGGGCUUGGACAUUAGCCUAAAAAGUCCCGUGGUUUUCUCCCUUUCGGGUUUCCACAUAAAAACUGAGUGUUCAUACAUAUAUUUACUAUAUCGUGUUGGAUUAAACUCAACACUGGCGCCGUCUGUGGGAAUCUGUCCAAAAAGAUUCAUGUGUUCUACUGUUCUUGGGUUUUCUACAAAAAAAAAUUUGAUGCCAGAUGAACUGGUUUCAGCAAAAGAGGGAAGUGUAGAAGCCAUGGCCGGAGUCUGGGAGGUCCGAAUUGGGAAUCUGUCCAGAUCUUAUCGGGUCGCCGGUCACCGUUCGUGGCUGUCUUGUCCACCUCACUACAGACCGGAACCCCCUGGAUUCCCGCCAUUAAUGGUGUUUUCAAGCUCACGAGAGGUAUGUUCGGUAAUCUGGUCGAGCUUCCGCCGGAAACGAGCUUCCCUGGCCGCCCUUACUCCGCUGCAGCAGACAUCACCACCGUCACUAAUCAGCAGGUGCCGUUUGCUUUCGGUUGGGGAUGUGUGUUUCUCAUCUUCCUCUCCGAAAAGGUGCUCUUUACUUGACUGGGAGCAGACCACGUCUCCAAGGUUAGAGCCAAAGAAAAUGGGGCCAAAACUUCUGGGAGAAUUUUGACAAAGUCAAAAUUGAAGAAUUCCAGCAAGCCUAUGCCGAAGCCUUGCCCCUUGGUCAAAGAUGUGGGGGCCAGCUGGUCCCUUAAGUUGACUAAGUCAAAUUUAAAAGGGGAGCAGAUCUGACUUCACGAGCUGCCUGGCCGAGCGUCCCUUCCAAAAGCUGAGUACUCUUUGGCUCUUUGCUUAUGCUUUUAGUUGAAAUGCUAUGAUUUUUAGUUAAAAUGCUUCGUAUCUAUACUAGUAUUGUUAUUGGUUAAAUUAUUUUAUCACCAUUAUUUAUUAGGGAUUAGAAUCUCCCAAAAUUAAAUAAUGUCGAGCGACGCUCUUGUGAUAAUUAGUUUUCACCAUCAUUUUAAUUAAUGAUUGGUUGUUAUGGGCCCGUCGGCCCGCUCCUGAUCGGCUUUAAUUAGCGAACGGAGUAUACUUGAAUGGCCUUUGAUAGGAAAAUAUCAUUGCUAUUACCGGUUAUAUCACGCUCAAGUGAUGGUUAGUUCAGCUAACAUUUUAUUAAGUAUUUAAUUUCUUGUGGCCCUGAUGGCCCACUUUCGAUCAGCUUGAUUAGCGAUCUGAGCGUCUCCAGAGGGUAGUGCCCCGAUGACGCAUUUUAAUUUGGAGGUUACGCAUUAGUCCGCACGACACCAAGUGCUCGAGCGGCGACCGUACCCCAGAACCAUCCGCGCCGCUAGGCGCGAAGUGACUAUUGCCAAACGUGGCCUAUGGGGCCCGAGGGCAGCAAAGCACUCAACCUCGUUUUUCCGAGGGCAGUGCGACCAACUUGGAUCUGAGUUUGAAAACUCACAGACCGAUGAAUAUCUCUAUGUGACGUUCGGCGGGCUGCUAAUUGGCCCCGCCGCUAGCUGCUACGUCCCUUAACCCCGCACGAUGAGCCGGGCCGAGGGUCACGAUGACCCAUAGGCCGGUAAUCAUUGGUGUUAAAGAGAAAGCCAUGCAGAUGGUUAUGUGUGUAUACAUAUUGUCGGGCCGUGCGGCCCGUUACCAUGCUUAUUGCGCAGCUGAAGCCGCUCAACGCGCUCGAGCGAAAUGAUUAAAAGACGACCGGCCUAAGUCUCAAAGACAUUCAGGGCCAGCUAAAGAGGAGACCAUCGCGGCUGAGGACCGUGAGACGAGCAUCUCCACCCCAGAGACCGAUGGCCUAGGAGAGAACACCUAGAGGCCGAGGGUCUAGAGUGGACUACCACGGCGGAGGACCGUGAGACGAUCAUCCAUCAUUCAGAGCCGGUGGCCUAGAGGAGACCACUACGGCCGAGGGUCGUGGGACCAUCCUUACAUCACGCCGACCUCACGGUACGACGUGUUUAUCCUUUGAAGACCGGCCUCGUCCCCGCACUGCGCGGAUGAGGACCGUUGCUUGAUUUUAGGUCGGCCUCUCAUUGCCGACAUCAUUAUAUCACGAACGGCCUCUCGGCACGGCGUGCUUAUCGUUUUGAAGAACGGCCUCGUCCCCGCGCUGCGCGGAUGAGGACCGUUGCUUGAUUUUAGGUCGGCCUCUCAUUGCCGACAUCAUUAUAUCACGACCGGCCUCUCGGCACGACGUGCUUAUCGUUUUGAAGACCGGCCUUGUCCCCACACUGCGCGGAUGAGGACCGUUGCUUGGAUUUCAGGCCGGCCUAUCAUUGCCGACGUCAUUAUAUCACGACCGGCCUCUCAGACCGGUGUGAUUAUCAUAUUCGAAGACCGGCCUCGUCCCCGCCACCUUGCGGACGAGGACCGUUGCUUGACCAUAUCUUGAUCGGCAUCUCAUUGCCGACAUCAUUAUAUCACGACCGGCCUCUCGGCACGGCGUGAUUAUCUUAUUUGAAGACCGGCCUCGUCCCCGCGAUGCGCGGAUGAGGACCGUUGCUUGAUUUCAGAUCGGUCUCCCGUUGCCGACAUCAUUAUAUCAUGACCGGCCUCUUGGCUCGGCGUGUUUAUCUUUUGAAGACCGGCCUCAUCCCCGCACUGCGCGGAUGAGAGCCGUUGCUGGAUUGCAGGUCGGCCCCUCAGUGCCGACAGUAUCACAUCAUGCUCGGCCUCUCAUCGCCGACAUCAUCAUACCACGACCGGCCUCUCGGCUCGGCGUGCUUAUCUUUUGAAGACCGGCCUCGUUCCCACCCUCGCGGACGAGGACCGUUGCUUGAUUUUCUCAGAUCGGCCGCUCAUUGCCGACACCAUUAUACCACGACCGGCCUCUCGGCUCGGCGUGCUUAUCUUUUGAAGACCGGCCUCGUCCCCGCCACCUCGCGGAUGAGGACCGCUGUUUGAUUCUUUCAGGUCGGCCUCUCACUGCCGACACUAUCAUGUAUGUUCGGCCUCUCGGCACGACAUAUUUAUCUUUUGAAGACCAGUUUCAUCCCCGCGCUGCGUGGAUGAGAGCCGCUGCUCGGAUAUAUCAGCCUGAUCGGACACUAUUGUCAUCUCCAUUAUCAGGACCGACUGCUCAGCGACAUUAUGAUCAUUGUAUAUCGGCUCCCAAUGCCGACCUUCUUGAGUUAGCGAUCGGGCUCACCCCUCCCUUCAGGAGGGUGACCAUCGCCUUCGCAUGACGACCAGCGUCUCCAUCGCCUCGUCAUUAUAUUCGUUCGCUAUGCCACCACCAUUAUGUGUGACAUCCCGUGAUCCCUGCGAGUUUCUUGGAUACCGAAUGUCUUCUUCGAUGUAGGAAGAUCGGUAGGACCACAGACCAGGGACGGACUAAGAAGAGCUAGAGAAUCUCGAUGUAGAUAAACCUGUUCCUCCUUGCGAGUUUCGCGGAUACCGAACGUCUCUUCGAAGCAAGAGCGCCGGUAGGACCAAGAACCAAGGACGAACGAAGAAUAUAGAUUGCCUCCCUCAAACAAAAAAAAAAAAAAGAUGGGGAGAAGAGGAGGGUAGCUCCUAUGUGGAAGGGAAUCUUGCCCGGGUGCCAGAUCUUCUCCCACCGCCGAAGACGAACGCCUCUCGAUGUAGAGGUUAGUAGAGACGCGGAGGGGGCUAGACGAACCAAGGGAGCCUUGCCAAGAUAAACCUGUUCAUCCCACAAUGACCAUGGAUCGAUGGACGUGGGAUAACAAAGACGGGAACCCGUGAGGGUAAACCAGUUCGUCCCUGCGAGUUCCUUGGGUACCGAACGUCUUCUUCGAUGCAAGAGACGCCGGUAAGACUAAAAGGACUAGGGACGAACGAAAAAGGGGGGAAUCUCGAUGUAGAUACACCUGUUCCUCAUUGCGAUGUCCGCGGAUACCGAACGUAUCUUCGAUGUAAGAACGCCGGUAGGACCAAGGACCAAUGACGAACGAAGACUAAAAGACUCCAAAAAAAAAAAAAAAAAGAUGCCAGAAGAGCACGGAGCAAAGAAUGAUUUUAUCCCUUGACACUAUUGGCUGUGAAGUACAAACUGAAAAACAUACGUAAAGAAUAAUUACAAAACUUAAGUACGAAGAAUGAAGUGGCCAACGACGAUCGGCUAACAUCAGGUUUUCUUUGGCCUCGAACGACGAUUAGUUCCCCAGAUCAGGUAGAAGGGACAUCGCCCAGAUUUAUUUCAGGCUCACCAUUCCUUCCCGGAUGGAGUCCUGACAGACGAUCGGCUUCUCACAGCCAAUCAGGAGAGAGACUUGACACAUCACUAGCACGGCCGAGGGCCGUGAGACGAUUACCACUCACUGACAGGCCGAGGGCCAUGAGAUGAUGGCAUCACUAUUUUUCUGUAUCACGAUCGGCCCCUCAGCGCCAUCGUGUCCAGACUCACGGUUCGUCUUGCCCAUUCCCUCCAGGAUGGGGACGACCGUCUUAUGCAGUACGAUCGGCCCCUCAGCGCCAUCGUACCUGGCCUCACGGUUCGGCUCGCCCAUUCCCUCCAGGAUGGCGACGACCGUCUUAUGCGGUACGAUCAGCCCCUCAGCGCCAUCGUACCCAGCUCACGUUCAGCUCGUCCAUCCCCUCCAGGGUGGCGACGAACGUCUUAUGCAUCACGAUCGGCUUCUCAGCGCCAUCGUGUCUCUUUCACGUUCAGAUCGCCCCAUUCCCUCCAGGAUGGCGACGAACGUCUUAUGCAGUGCGAUCGGCCCCUCAGCGCCAUCGUACCUGGCUUCACGGUUCGGUUCGCCCAUUCCCUUCAGGAUGGCGACGACCGUCUUGUGCAGCACGAUCGGCUUCUCAGCGCCAUCGUGUCUCUUUCACGUUCGGAUCGCCCCAUUCCCUCCAGGAUGGCGACGAACGUCUUAUGCAGUACGAUCGGCCCCUCAGCGCCAUCAUACCUGGCCUCACGGUUCGGCUCGCCCAUUCCCUCCAGGAUGGCGACGACCGUCUUAUGCGGUACGAUCAGCCCCUCAGCGCCAUCGUACCCAGCUCACGUUCAGCUCGUCCAUCCCCUCCAGGGUGGCGACGAACGUCUUAUGCAUCACGAUCGGCUUCUCAGCGCCAUCGUGUCUCUUUCACGUUCGGAUCGCCCCAUUCCCUCCAGGAUGGCGACGAACGUCUUAUGCAGUGCGAUCUGCCCCUCAGCGCCAUCGUACCUGGCUUCACGGUUCGGUUCGCCCAUUCCCUUCAGGAUGGCGACGACCGUCUUGUGCAGCACGAUCGGUUCUCAGCGCCAUCGUGUCUCUUUCACGUUCGGAUCGCCCCAUUCCCUCCGGGAUGGCGACGAACGUCUUAUGCAGUGCGAUCAGGCCCCUCAGCGCCAUCGUACCUGGCUUCAUGGUUCGGAUCGCCCAUUCCCUCCAGGAUGGCGACGACCGUCUUAUGCGGCACGAUCGGCUUCUCAGCGCCAUCGUGUCUCUUUCACGUUCGGAUCGCCCCAUUCCCUUCCGGGGGUGGCGACGAACGUCUUAUGCAUCACGAUCGGCCCCUCAGCGCCAUCGUGUCCAGAUUCACGGUUCGGAUCGCCCAUUCCCUCCAGGAUGGCGACGACCGUCUUAUGCAGUACGAUCGGCCCCUCAGCGCCAUCGUACCCAGCUCACGUUCAGCUCGCCCAUCCCUUCCAGGGUGGCGACGAACGUCUUAUGCAUCACGAUCGGCCCCUCAGCGCCAUCGUGUCCAGAUUCACGGUUCGGAUCGCCCAUUCCCUCCAGGAUGGCGACGACCGUCUUAUGCAGUACGAUCGGCCCCUCAGCGCCAUCGUACCCAGCUCACGUUCAGCUCGCCCAUCCCUUCCAGGGUGGCGACGAACGUCUUAUGCAUCACGAUCAGCCCCUCGGCGCCAUCGUGUCCAGAUUCACGUUCAGAUCGUCCAUCCCUUCCAGGGUGGCGACGAACGUCUUAUGCAUCACGAUAGGCCCCUCAGCGCCAUCGUGUCCAGAUUCACGGUUCGGCUCGCCCAUUCCCUCCAGGAUAGCGACGACCGUCUUGUGCCGUACGAUCGGCCCCUCAGCGCCAUCGUACCCGGCUCACGUUAGGGUCGCCCAUCCCUUCCAGGUUGGCGACGAACGUCUCUUAUGCAGCACGAUCAGCGCCCCAGCGCCAUCGUGUCUGGCUCACGUUAGGGUCGCCCAUCCCUUCCAGGAUGGCGACGAACGUCUCUUAUGCAGCACAGUCAGCGCCCCAGCGCCAUCGUGUCUGGCUCACGUUAGGGUCGCCCAUCCCUUCCAGGAUGGCGACGAACGUCUCUUAUGCAGCACGGUCAGCGCCCCAGCGCCAUCGUGUCAGGCUCACGUUAGGGUCGCCCAUCCCUUCCAGAAUGGCGACAAACGUCUCUUAUGCAGCACGAUCAGCGCCCCAGCGCCAUCGUGUCUGGCUCACGUUAGGGUCGCCCAUCCCUUCCAGGAUGGCGACGAACGUCUCUUAUGCAGCACGAUCAGCGCCCCAGCGCCAUCGUGUCUGGCUCACGUUAGGGUCGCCCAUCCCUUCCAGGAUGGCGACGAACGUCUCUUAUGCAGCACGAUCAGCGCCCCAGCGCCAUCGUGUCUGGCUCACGUUAGGGUCGCCCAUCCCUUCCAGGAUGGCGACGAACGUCUCUUAUGCAGCACGAUCAGCGCCCCAGCGCCAUCGUGUCUGGCUCACGUUAGGGUCGCCCAUCCCUUCCAGGAUGGCGACGAACGUCUCUUAUGCAGCACGAUCAGCGCCCCAGCGCCAUCGUGUCUGGCUCACGUUAGGGUCGCCCAUCCCUUCCAGGAUGGCGACGAACGUCUCUUAUGCAGCACGAUCAGCGCCCCAGCGCCAUCGUGUCUGGCUCACGUUAGGGUCGCCCAUCCCUUCCAGGAUGGCGACGAACGUCUCUUAUGCAGCACGAUCAGCGCCCCAGCGCCAUCGUGUCUGGCUCACGUUAGGGUCGCCCAUCCCUUCCAGGAUGGCGACGAACGUCUCUUAUGCAGCACGAUCAGCGCCCCAGCGCCAUCGUGUCUGGCUCACGUUAGGGUCGCCCAUCCCUUCCAGGAUGGCGACGAACGUCUCUUAUGCAGCACGAUCAGCGCCUCAGCGCCAUCGUGUCUGGCUCACGUUAGGGUCGCCCAUCCCUUCCAGGAUGGCGACGAACGUCUCUUAUGCAGCACGAUCAGCGCCCCAGCGCCAUCGUGUCUGGCUCACGUUAGGGUCGCCCAUCCCUUUCAGGAUGGCGACGAACGUCUCUUAUGCAGCACGAUCAGCGCCCCAGUGCCAUCGUGUCUGGCUCACGUUAGGGUCGCCCAUCCCUUCCAGGAUGGCGACGAACGUCUCUUAUGCAGCACGAUCAGCGCCCUAGCGCCAUCGUGUCUGGCUCACGUUAGGGUCGCCCAUCCCUUCCAGGAUGGCGACGAACGUCUCUUAUGCAGCACGAUCAGCGCCCCAGCGCCAUCGUGUCUGGCUCACGUUAGGGUCGCCCAUCCCUUUCAGGAUGGCGACGAACGUCUCUUAUGCAGCACGAUCAGCGCCCCAGCGCCAUCGUGUCUGGCUCACGUUAGGGUCGCCCAUCCCUUUCAGGAUGGCAACGAACGUCUCUUAUGCAGCACGUCUGCCCCUCGGCGCUGACAUGCCCGGUUUAUCGAUGAGAGCCACCGCUUUCUAUCACAUCUCACAUUCCUUCUCUCAUACAUUGCACCCAUACAUUACAUGCAUUCAUGCAUUCAUGCAUCAUACCUCAUACAUUCAUACAUACACACGUGCAUCGUGUUUUGACAGUACCGCGACGUCGGUUUAUAGAUACAUGGACCUCUAAGCUUCUCCGAUUGGAAAGCUCGAGUCAAAGUCCUUUACUCCCGCCUGAUGCAUUCAGGGGGAGUGUGCCCGUGGAGGAGCACCCUUCGCCCGACCCCGUCGGGAAGGGGGGUGCCUCACCGGCAGAUUACGUUCAGGAGUGCAGACACCCACUCGUAUAUUAUGAUUAUUCGAAGACGCAGUUUCCAGCAAGACAGAGGAAGAGCGCAGGCAAGAGUAUACUUUCUCGAGCAGAUUCGCACGCUCACUACUCAAGAAACUGGGGGACUUGUGUUGGGAUAUAUUAUCCCGGCCUAUUACUGUUCAGGAGCCCAAGACAUUAUCCAGUACGGAGCCCGAGCAGCUAGGCCCAUUUCGGCCCAUCCGGCCCACUUUGACCACCAGGCCCACUUCGGCCCAUUAGGGUGGAGAGCCUCCCCUUCCCCUCCCCUAUAAAUACGGAGCUUAGCCUCCAUGUAAAGGAUCUUUUCCUUCUUCCUCCUUCUCACUAGAAUAGCUUAGAACUCCAUUAAUGGGAGCUUCAAUACUUGUACUAUGUAAUGGUGAGGAGAGAUUAAUGAGAAUGAGAGGGCUUGGACAUUAGCCUAAAAAGUCCCGUGGUUUUCUCCCUUUCGGGUUUCCACGUAAAAACUGAGUGUUCAUACAUAUAUUUACUAUAUCGUGUUGGAUUAAACUCAACAGGUAAGUAUAUUAAAACAAUCACCCAAAAGUAGCAUAAUACAAUGUGUCAAACUAUCUAAGCUAGCUAACUAACCUAAAAUAGUAUCCACCAUCCCCCCCCACCCCACACAAAGGUAAGGGGGCAGAGGACAUAUUUUGAGAUGGUCCAACAAAAACUGAAUCCAAACUAGCACGGGACAGCCCCCGGCUUAGUGUCCAAAAAGUCCAAACAGUCCAAAAACAUACAUAAAAAACAAAUCAAACAAAUUGCUGGGCCUUGAGCUAAUAAAAGCCCCAGACCCACCCCAAAUAACGCUCCAAGAGUAUCUCAGCGUUCCAGGGGUCUGGCCUAAUAAAAGGUCAUUGCCCUUUCCGCAUCAGCCCAGCUCAGCAAGCUCCAGAAGGUCCAAGCUUCAGAAGAGAUCCAACGCCGGAAGCCCAUUAGGGUUAACAUACUGAAACGACUCCCAUUAUUAGUAUUAAACCAAUAACGAUUCAUACAAUCUAAAUCUUCCAAUCGAUAAUUAGGCCAAGGACAAAAUUCAAUCAAUUUAUUUGGAUCCUUAUGCCCAUGGUUACUUUCCUUCCAAACUUGAUUUUUGUUGGAAACUAGAGAAUUUGCAUCCACGCCAUUCCAUUUGUUUGAAUUGAAACAAAUUAGAGUUCUUAAUUCUCUACGACGCCUAGAUGAUAAAAUAUUUUCAAUAAGAAGCGGAUCACAAUUAUUGUUCUCUUCAGCGCGAAUUAUUCGUUGUUUUACGUAUUUUUGAUUAACAAUACUGAAUAAAUAAAUUAAAGCCUAUUUUGAAUUUCUUGAUUGAAAAGAAUUUCUUUAUUAAAAAAAAAAGACUCAUUUCGUACACAAGGAAUACUUCAAUUUGAAGGAAUAACAAAACAACUUAAGCGGCCUAGAAUGAGUCAAUGGAAAUUUUGGUUAAGAGGGAAUUCUCAAUACGAUUUAUCUCCUAAUUUCUGGUCUGCCUUAAGAUCACAAAAACAAAAAUGGAGAAAUAGGGCGAAUCGCUAUCGUAGGUCUAAACAAAAAGAUUUACACAAAAGGAAUUCCAGUAGAAAAUUAAAAUUAAAUAAUUACAGGAAACAAAAGGAUGCUAACUCAGUAUUUAAUAAAAAAAAGAUAAUUUUAAAAAAUGCUGUCAAUAUGAUCUUUUAGCAUAUCAAUACAUUCAGUAUGCAAAAAAUAGUGGACCCCCUCUAGGAGCUAAACGGGUUUCUUAUCAUUACAAGAUGUCACAGAUCAACUUGUUUGCGAUAACGAAAAAUCUUCUUAUCACUAGUUUAAGAGAAAAAAUAGAAAGGAUCAAUAUCCCCUAUACAGACAAAAAUUUAUCUGGGGUUGACCAUCUCCAUCGCCCGAGUUACAGAAUCAUCUCCAUCGCUACGAACUGCGCCGCAGAGAGAAGCGGCAAACGUCCAAUCCAAAUUCUAAAUUCAAACUGGGGUUGACCAGACACGUCAGGUACCCCCCCCCCCACCAGGCCUGGCGUCAUCCGGGUGGCAACGGCGGUUGAGGAGCAUCAAAGCCGGAAAGUAACCCUGUCACACUAGAGAUCCACCCACCCACCCACCCCUCCCCAUCAAGCCCCGGUGACCCCCAACGGCAAUGAUGGACGGCGGUAAACGGUGAUGCGGCAGUAGCCGGAAAAAUGCACAACCAAUAAUCAGGAAAUCCUUAACCACAUCUUGUCACUAGGGGAUGUUGGACGUAGCUCACCUGGUAGGAAGAUGGUGACACAAGGGUGAUGUCUCAGGUUCAACUCCAAGCAAAGAUUUGGUAUGGAACUCCAUUCUCUUUUCACCAGUGUGUGAUCAAAGCUCAACUUAUCUCCUUCUAAGUAGGUGUCUGGUUGGUUCUGAGGAGCCUUCAGGGAUGAGUUGUCAUCUCUUAACCGCAUCUUGCCAUCUUCCUACAACUCUGUCCAGGAUAUAUGUAAGAGUCACCUCGAAUUGACCUCUUCCCAUCACAGUUUCUCAUAAUCGCACCCCCUGCUGCCUGGUGAGGUAAGAACAUAGAGUCUUAUUUGAGGCUUAUUCCAUAUUAAAAUUCAACAAAGUUUAUCAUAUUCAAGAGUUUAUGUUUGCCACUACAUGAGAUUACAUUUUCACCUAACACAAUAUAAACAUUUUGAUUUGUGUCAAGUUACAUUUUUAUAAACAGGAUUUACAUUUUGACUUGGCUCAAGUUACAUUUCCUUUAACACAAUUUACAUUAAACUUGCCUCAUGUAUAAGUCAGUAAAAUCGUGUAAGCAAUCCAAGCAUGGGGAAGUAAUUUAAGUAUCUCAAACUUUAAAGGCAUGUGAGAUGUGUACCCCAAACUUGCACAUGCAAUAUAUAUACCUCAAACUUUUAAGGCAUGUUCAUGUUAGCACCAUAAACAUGCAUAUAUUUUUUCACAAAUGUAAUUUGAUGGUGUUAAGUACGUAAAUGAAAGUAUCAGGCCUGACCCCGACAAAUGGAAGGCCCUAUUCAAAAUAAAAUCUGAGGCCUCAAUAUUUAAUACAAAGCGCUAAUAAUAUAUAAAAAGAAGUAUCAAAUUUCAUAGGAAUACUUCAUGCUAAAAUGCAAUUCUACAUAUUGAAGUAAUACACCAAGAGCAUUAAAAUUACAUCCAAUAUUUUGAACUUAAACUACACUUAUUUAAACAAUGCCAUCCUUGUAAGAUUCUUUAAAAUAAAAUCUUCCGUAAUGUCUUAGGGGUGUUUGGAACUGAUUCUGCUUCUGCUUCUGCUUCUUUUUUAAAGCAGAAGCAAAAUCAGUUUUCUCCUCCAGCAUUUAAAAAAAACUGAUUCUAGGAAUAAAUUAGAGCACCAAAAUCACUUUUGCACUUUCACCCAAACACUCCAAAUUCUGCUUCUGCUCCCUGAAGGAGCAGAGACAGUCUUAAGAAUCAGAUCCGAACACCCCUCAAUAUGCAAUUUUCUCCAGUAGAUGACUCUCAAUUGCACUCUGCAUGUAAGGCUUUAAGAUAGAAUCAACUCUUGGGUUUUUUUACUUCUUGCAUUUUCACAUCUCUAUUCAUAUUUUCUUAUUCUAGGAGGCAUUAUAAACUUCUAAAGUAUAAUUUAAGGAAAAGAUGAGAACAAAAACACGUGAAACAGAGCAUGUCCGCUACUCGGUUGCUCUGGGAAAUAAUUUAUUUGAGUUAUCGAGUUAUCAUCUACUGCGCUUUUAACUGCGCAUUUAUCUUUAAGAAUUUAUUUGAAUCCUUUCCCGAUUGAAGUUUUAGCUCAAAUUUGGUAUGAAUAAACUAGACUUAAUGAAUAAGAUGCUCAAAAAAUUUCAUCAAAAAAUUCCACCGGAAACUGUCCCAAAUGGCGACGGCCGGACAGAGCCUCCUAUAUAAGGAUUUUUUGACCUUUUUAUGUAAGUUCGAGGGUCUAUUUGACCUUUUUCCUUUAAUUAACUUAUUUAAGCGAAAGCUGACCCUAGGGAAAACCUAGGCGGUGAACUCCUGGACAUCUAGCCAGAUUUGAUCAUCUAGCCUUCUCCUUUUUAAAGGUAAGUGUGCACUUCCAAUAGGUAACAAUGCACCAUAAAUAAUCAUAAGUGGAUAGCAAAAUCCAUAUUAAUGCGAUAGUCCAACACAAAUGAUCAAAAGCAAAGACGUUCUUACUUUGCAUGUGAAGAACUAACACUUUUAUUGGAAUCAGACUUUAUUGUUUGUAAAAUCUUAUACUCAAAUCAAACUUGUAAGGUAAAAAUGUGUUUAAUUGUUUACGAGCAGACUUUUAUAAUAAGGGUUCCUCCAGUAGCAUUUAAAAAUGAUUAUACUCCUGUAACGUUUAAAAUGAUUAUAGGGCUUGUUUGCAAUCAAUUAAAAAAGUGAUUUUGGCUUUUUUUUUAUAGAAAAAAGCAUUUAUUUUACCCAACACUAUCAACUUUUAUUUCCUCGGUUUUUGUGUAGAAUCUACUUUUUACUUUUUCUAUUACACAAAAAACACUUAUUUUACUAAACACUACCAAGUUUUACUACUAAUCAUUUUUUCCCAAAAGGUGCUUUUAUUUUAGCACAAGUGGUUGCAAACAGAGUCAUAAUCAUUUAAAAGAUUUUUUCUGGAUGAAUGUGGCUUUUUGGAAGUAAAAUGGAAUUUUCUAACACACGACGUGGCGUAUCUAUUGUGGGGUAGUGGGGACAAGUACCCCUCAACCUCAACCCGGCCCGUAUAUAUAUAUAUAUAUAUAUAUAUAUAUAUAUAUAUAUAUAUAUAUAUCUAAAAUCUUAUAGGAAAAAUUAUAAAAUAGGAUUAAUUAUGUUUUCUUCCCUUGAUGUAAUCUCAUUAAAAGAAUAACAGGAUAAAAAAUUCACUAACUUUUGUUGUGUUUAACUUCUAUUUAGGUAAUUUUCUCAAAUUUUAUCUACAAUAGCAUUUUUAUUCACACGUAGUAUAAAUUGAUAUUCCUUUUAUACAUACUUGUACAUAUAUUUCUUAAAUUAAACCUAAUCAAAUAAUAUUAAUAAUAUGAUUUCCUAUCUGUGAAAUAUGUGACUAAGUUCUAGUGUAAGGUUGUCCCAACUGACAAAUUUUUUUUAGAUACGCCAUUGUGCAUACAUACACAAAUACAAUUUAAUUCGUUAAAAUAAUUGUAUAUUCGUGUAAUUGCACGAGUGAAAAUCUGAUAUAUUACAAUGCUUCAAUGAGACUUGAUCCUUGUCUACCUUACCUAAAAAUCAAUUCAACAUCUUAUAUUAUUUUUCAAGGUUUUCAAGGCUUUUUUCUAGGCCAGAGGUGCAAUAGAUGUUUGGCACCGAGAACCAUUCUUGUAGAGGGCAUCCAAAAAUUUAGUAUAGAAUAUUAGUUAUAGGUUGAUUUUUAAAGAUGUUAUGUAUUAUUCAAGAUUUAAAAAGAUAUAAAACUUUUAGAUUGUCUAAUUUGUGUACUUUAUAAUAGUUAAUAUAAAAUAGGAAUUCUUGUAUCUUUUGGAAACUCUUAUUCAGUAUAAAUAUACCUGCCAGGACUCCUAUUGGAGUACCUCUUUCCCAUUAUUUCACAUGGUAUCAAGAGCCUAGACCUAAUUUUUUUUUCUCUUCACGCUUACCGCUCAGCCGACAUGACUUCUUCUUCCUCGUCGACAAACUUUACCACCGAAGCCUUGGCUUCAUCGGCCAUGACCUCGACUGCCGCUGCUGCUUCUCAAGCGCCGGCUUCAUCCUCCAUCUCGGCUGGAAUCACGGAUCACCCAGGACUUUCAACCCCCCUGACUACACCCUUCACAUCGAGCGCAUCCAGGACACCGGUUAUGACGCCGACAUCAUCAACACUCUUUACAACCUUUCCUCCUCCACCGAACUUCUCUAUGCCUGAAACCAAUUCUCUGUUUCAGUCCUUCCCACAGUCCUUCCCUUGGCAGCAACCCUCGGUCACGCAGCAGCAAGCACCCGUUUUUAUUCAGCCUCCAUUGACCAGCACCAGACCGCAACAGGCCGCCCCCUCUUUCUUCGGCUCCACGUUUUCCGGCUCCCCUGGGGUUAUUCGGCCAGCAGAACAACCUGGGUUUGGUUCCCCGAUGUCGGCCCUUGCUCAGUCCAUCUCACAUAUUACUACUAUCUCUCAAAUUGUCACCAUCAAAUUGAAGGCAGUCGAGGAUUAUCUCACCUGGCGUACUCAAUUUGAAUCCUUUCUAAUUUCUCAAGGACUUCUUGGAAUUGUUGAUGGGUCAAUUCAGGUACCCCCUAUGUAUAAUGUUGAUUUUAUGCAUCGUCAAGUUCCCAACACAGAAUAUUAUUAUUGGCUCCGAGUAGAUCAAACAAUUAGAUGUUGGUUGUUUGCUACUCUAACUCGGGAUGUGUUAGUUGAUGUUCAUGAUUUGAAACACUCAGCUACUAUCUGGGCUAGACUACAGACUCGAUUUAUGUCUGCUAGUUUACCCCGAUGCAUGGAACUUAAACGUUUGUUAUCAUCUGUUAAGAAGAAAGAAACUCAAUCCAUGGAAGUUUAUUUACGAGAAAUCAAGAAUUUAGUUGAUGCUCUGGCGGCAAUUAAUUCUCCCGUUUCGGAUAAAGAACUGCUUCAGUCUAUUUUGGCUGGCUUGGGACCGGACUAUAAGCCUCUUGCUACUACUGUUUCUUUAUUUCCCGAGCAGUUUCCCUUUGACAUUUUAGAACCUCGUCUCCUGGAAGCAGAACAACAAAUCUUGUCUGAACGUCAACAACAGGCAGUCAUUGGCCAUCAGGCGUUUGCAGUUGCUGCAGCUGGGGGGCAGCAGCAGGCUGGCUAUGCUGCUCGCGGCAGAGGAGGUCGCGGCAGGGGACGAGGCCGACAGGGUCGUGGUCGUGGAAGAGGGCCACCACAGCAGCCCUAUGGAUUUCCGCACCCAUUAUUUCACAUGGUAUCAGAGAAUUGGUUUCAGGCAUAGAGAAGUUCGGUGGAGGAGGAAAGGUUGUAAAGAGUGUUGAUGAUGUCGGCGUCAUAACCGGUGUCCUGGAUGCGCUCGAUGUGAAGGGCGUAGUCAGGGGGGUUGAAAGUCCUGGAUACGUUCGGUCCUAUUUGAGCUCGGCUACCCUGUCCGUAAUCCAGUGCAGUUAUUUUGUGAUAAUAUCUCGGCUUCCUACUUGACUGCUAAUCCUGUUCAGCAUGCUCGCAGCAAGCAUAUUCAGAUUGAUUAUCACUUUGUUCGCGAGAGAGUUGCUCAUGGUGAUCUAUUGGUGAAGUAUGUUCCCACACACUUACAGCUUGCGGAUAUAUUCACUAAAGCUUUAUCUAGUCAGCAGUUUAAUUUUUUAAAGAACAACCUGCGCGUUGUAUCUCCCGCACAGCUUGAGGGGGUGUAAUAGUUAAUAUAAAAUAGGAAUUCUUGUAUCUUUUGGAAACUCUUAUUCAGUAUAAAUAUACCUGCCAGGACUCCUAUUGGAGUACCUCUUUCCCAUUAUUUCACACUUUAAUCAUCAUAAAACUUAUAUUUCAUUGCACUAUCUAGUCUAUUUGUAUCUCAUUUUUAAUUUUUUUAUUUCUUCCUGUUUUAGGAAGCAUCACUUCAACAUUUGGAACCGCGGCCUCCAAAUUAAUUAGACGGUCCUCAAGCCGAUCUCCUGAAGCAUGUGUAUAAGUUUUUGAAAAAUGCUUGAAGUACACAAAAUGUGUACACAUGUCUGUCCUACACAUUUUGUGUACCUCUACCAAAACUAUAUAAGUUUUUACAAUGAUUCCAUAUACUAGUAAAUGAAAUUAGGCUGGAGAUCAAUAUUGCUUGUGUUAUCUAUAUUUUCGUGAAUUGGCCCACUCAAAUAAAAGUUAACUUGACCGUUUGGCUUCUAUUUCUUGUAUUCA